AUGAGUAGCAGCACAACUCCCUUUAGUGCCGACUCGAACAAUAUCAUGUUCAAUUGUUUGAGGUGUUCCUUGAGUCUCGUUGCUGAGAGCGGGCGAGAGAUUCAAUUUUCUCAUCAAACUCUUGCUGCAAGGACUGCCUUAUUUGAUUUAACUUUUCUUCAAACUGCAUCUCCAUUUUAUGCAAGGCCUCCUGGCUGCAAGAGUCGAGCAGUGGUCCUUCGUGAUGUUGGACCAAAACAUUUUGGCUUAUAUGUGGAGGAGAGGAAGCUGAAUGUUCUUGAGGUGGUUGUGGGAUCAAAGCUAGCAAUGCCUUAUAUUGUUGUGGUGAAAAGUGAACUUCCUGUGACUCAUGAGGAUAUGCGAUCAGACAUUGUUAUAUUGCUCGUUGAAUCCUCGAAGAAACUGCAUCGCUCGAUCUUGGAGCUUUCGUUGGGCAAUAAUGCCCAGUACAGAACAUGA